CCCUCCUUCUCUCACACGCUCUCUUUCUCGUUUUUUCCCCCCGUCGGCCCUCCAAACUCCUCCAUCCUCAGGCGAGUGGCGAGCAACCUGACUUUGCCCCUAUUCCCGUCCAGCGCUGCCGGCAGAUGCCUUGUCUAAUCUUCCGUCGCCGAACUCAUCGUCCCCUAUCUAUUCGUCAGUAGUUGCUCUGGUGUUUAGCGUUCACAUGCAAGUGUUCAAUUUGGGUGAAGUAGAUUGACCAAAUCCAAACCCCAACCCUUCGAUAUAUUCUAGCAUUUGAAUUUUGAUUUGGGGAUCUUGAUUUGGAUUUGGCUAUCAAGAGAGAUCGAGAGAGAGUAAUUGGUCGACAAGGAACUGGGAAGAGGAGGGGAUUCAAGAUUGGGGUUGUUGUUGAUUUGUUUCGGUAUAUUUCACAGAAAAGGGUUAUGGGUUUUGUAAUUGAAGGGAUGAUGAUGAUAAGUUUGAGAUAGAUGAAUCUUUCCGGGAAUAAGCAGUGUCGAUUAACAGUUUCCAUCUGUUUAGCGUCUGCAGAUUUCUUCAUUAAGCAUAAUGUUUGGCGUCAGGAGAACAUUGGCCUCCUGUGAAAGGGGGCUUCACAUGUUGUCCCGUGGCGAUGGUCCUUCGGAGACAUUGAGAAGAAGGGUAUCAGAGUUGGAGAAGUUGAGGAAACGGAAGAACCCCAGAAAGCAUGAACUUUUUGUGCAAGUUCCUGAAUCGUUGAAGUUCCUCGACACUGCUACAAUGCCGAUGAUUCUCACUGUUGUGGGUACUGCACUCGUCGCAAAGCUCCUAAUGAUGUAUGAUCAAUCGAAAUCAGAAGAAAUGAUCGAGCGCAAAAUUGAGCAUGCUCCUCCAGGUCAAGGCACCGUGAGGAUGCUUAGUCGUGAGGAAUGGGAAGAAAUUCGAGAAGUGAGGCCUAGAACUCCUUUUGAAUCUAAGCUUGCUCGACCAAGAGCCCGAAUAAGAACUGAUGAUGCCAUCAGCGUGAGAGAUCUGAAGGAUUGGACCAUAGAUGUCCUGACAGAUGGUUUCACUCGCAUUGAAGAAGCCACCAAACGCCAUUAGCUGCAUGUGAAAAUGCUGAUGAAUUUGAUCCUUGCAUACUGAAACUAACACUAUGAAUUUGAUCACUCCCGUUGAGAAGGAGAGAGGAAGUGUUUGUGGGAAGAAGAAGAAGAGUGACGAAAGGUUUGGUCGACUCAUUUUACUUGGUCAAAUAGUUAAAACAGAAAGGUUUGAAAGUGCUUGACUGAGUUUGACCAAAUGCAGUGAAAAUGAAAGUGAACACGAGGAUCUUAUAGGAUGAUCAGUUAUAGUCAAAAUUGAUAUGAUAUGUUGGGUUCACCUUGCUUUAUUCAUUAUGAUG